CGGUGGCGGUAAUGCACCUAUUAGUUGGUUUGCUAACCGCCAAUAAAAUACCAAAGAAGAAGAAGAAAAAGAAACGAAAAGCAGUCAGAGUAAGACAUUUUUUGCACGACCACUGAAUAAAGCGUGUGCGAUCUAAUGCUUCCUCUCGACACACGCUCCGAAGCCUCGGCACAGAACGUAACAUAAACGUAAGUUUGCUCUGCGCAGAGGAAUGAAAAACAGAAGCCUGGACGUUAAUAAUCCACAACCAGCAUGCUGCACAACAACAGUUAAAGCUGGGUCAAUAACAAUGCAACAAGGCAAACAGCAUAUGCUAACUGUGCCUUUAAUAGUCAGUCUUUAUUGGUCAUUAUAAAUAUUGUCACAAAGCUUCUUGAUGCACCACACAGAAGAAGAAUAACACUGGUCUUGCUUUGCACGAGAAGGGAAGCAUGGAGCCUGCGAGCCUGGAGAACUUGUGUGUUUUGUACCACAGCGCAAACUAUAUAGUUGUCAACAAACACUGGGAUAUCCGUAUCGACAGCAAAAUGUGGUAUGAGAAACAGACUGUCCAGAGUCAGCUGAAGCAUCGCUUCCCAGAGCUUGCAGAUCCUGGCACCUACUACGGCUUCAGGUUUUGCCAUCAACUGGAUUUCUCUACUAGUGGUGCUUUGUGUGUAGCACUGAACAAGGCAGCAGCAGGGCAUGCGUACCGCUGUUUUAAAGACAGACUUGUGACCAAAGCUUAUCUCGCUCUGGUCCGUGAUAUUGUGGCUGAGGAGAAAAUGGCACUGGACUUUGCGAUCGGCAAGAACACCACAGAGGGCAAGACCCAUAUGAUGUGUACUGAAGGAACAGACGGUUGUGAGAAUCCUAAGACCUGUCAAACAGAGCUGACAGUUUUAGAGUAUGGAGAAUAUGACGGAGAUCCAGUGACAAAAGUGCUUCUGCAGCCACUGACAGGACGGACGCACCAGCUCCGAGUUCACUGCAGCGCCAUUGAUCACCCCAUAGUGGGAGACUACACUUACAGUCUACGCACAGACAAUGCUCCGUAUCGCAUGAUGCUGCACGCCUACUUCUUGCACAUCCCACUAGAGAAUGAACCCAUCCACGUCACAGCCCCAGAUCCCUUUGUACCCACCCUCGACUCCAAAUGGGCACCACAAAGAUGUGUGAAUGUUCUGGAGGAUUUACUGAAGAAUAUUUUGACACAACCACAAACUGAAAUCCGAGAAGAUCCAGAGCCAGUGCACGGGAGGAGCAGCCCAGUGGAGAGUGAGGAGCAACAGGCACAGUGUCAGCAGUGGUUAUGUGAGUGGAAUCUGGACUGAGGAACUCUUACACUGUUUUACCAGUACAGUACUGAAGCUAUAUUGCAGUGUCCCCAGCUCUAGAGUACCCUUUAAAAGGUAGUCUGUAGUCAGCGCUCCUCAAGAACAGUAAGAACUGAAGGCAUAAAGGGGUUUUGAACCAAUUGGCUGAUCUGUGUAUGAAGAAGAGCACUGUGUGCCAUAGUGUACAUUAUAGAGACCCCCCCC